UCCUGCCUAUUUAUGACCUUGAGAAUUAGCAAGAAGCGAGGACCAUUUGGACUGGAAAUAGCAGAUGGGAAACAUCUUCAGCCAUGACCUGGAUUCUCCAUUACAGCCAUCUUUUUGUUUCCUCCUCUGUGCUUCAGGCUACUUAUUCUUCUUGGGAAUUUCUGAGUGGCUAAAGGAAGAGGCAUAUUGAAGCUGUCUGUUAGCACAGAUAAAUUUACGUUGGAAGGGACCUCUAGUGGUCAUCUGGUCCAACCUCUGGCUCAAAGCAUGUGCAACUAGAUCAGGUUCAGGAUGUCUGCCCUGAGGCUGAUUUCUAACAGAACCUCCCAGCAGACCUUGUCUAAUUCUGACUACACCUGGGAGUAUGAGUACUAUGAGUAUGGACCAGUGUCAUUUGAAGGCCUGAAAGCUCAUAAAUAUUCCAUUGUGAUUGGAUUUUGGGUUGGUCUUGCAGUUUUUGUCAUCUUCAUGUUUUUUGUCCUGACUCUGCUGACGAAGACAGGAGCACCACAUCAAGACAAUGCAGACACUUCUGAAAAAAGAUUUCGCAUGAAUAGCUUUGUGGCAGAUUUUGGAAGACCUCUGGAGUCGGAGAGGGUCUUUUCACAUCAAAUAGCUGAAGAAUCCCGCUCACUUUUCCAUUUCUGUAUUAAUGAAGUGGAACAUUUGGAUAAAGCAAAACCAAGUCAGAAAAGCCCAGGUCUGGAGACUAAUAUCCACUUCCAGGAAGUUCCCAGGAGCAGUGAAAUGUUUGAAGAUGACCUGAAUUGUCUUACAAAAUUUAACAUUCCUAACUUUGUGAACACAGAGCAGAACUCUUCAUUAGGUGAGGAUGAUCUCCUCAUCUCAGAGCCACCAAUCAUUUUAGAAAGCAAAUCAGUUAUGCAAUCUUCCCAUCGGAUCCUUGACUGA